AUGGACGACCACAUCUGUCUGAUCUGCCACGAGAGCAAGGACCCGUCCAAGGCCAGGUUCGCACACGUGCGCUUGGGCCUGGACGAGCCUCCGGAGCCGGUGCUGUGCAAGUGCAAGGACCCGAUCAAGAUCAUCACCUCGAUCAGGGACAAGAUCGACGCUGCGGCCACGGUCACGAACUCCAUCCCGAGCACGCUCAUGGACUCGUUGGCGGAGAUGAACAUCGACACGGCCCACAUCGACUCCGUGGGCUCGAGGCCGACCAGGGAGGUGGAGCUGAGGUUGCAGGGGGACUUGCCCAAGCUCGCGUUCAAGAAGAUGGAGAAGGGCCUGUUCGAGAACUCGACCACGAGGAGGAUCAGGGAGAGGGCCUGCAUCUGCUGGACGGGCCCGGACACGAACUGGAAUGCGAAGGUGAGGAUGAGGUCGAACGGGGAGGCCACCAUGAAGGUGAGCAAGAGCAGGGCGAAAGUGGUGCCCGGGUACAUCCUGGCGAUCUCGGAUGAGUACAGGUUCAGCGGCAGGAUCAUGCACGUCCAGAGGGACGUGGAGAUGAACGAGAUCAGGUCCGUGCUCAGGGUCAGGGGCGUGGACGUGAACAUCAUCGCGAGGAAGUACGAGAGCGAGGACAAGGUGUCGUACGCGGCCGAGUUCGAGAUCGAAGGGAAGGUCACCAACAGCAUCGUGAGGUCGGUCCUGUGCCUGGCGCUGGGCACCAUCGGCACCAUCAGUUCGAUGACAAGGGAGAUCGACUCCGAGUUCAUGCGCGACGUGAGGUCCAACGACCACGUCGUGAUCGACGUCCCGGACGUGACGGGCUACUCGGGCAUCUUCCUGGCCAAGGCCGACGGCAUGAAGGUGUACGUCUUCUGCUACCGCUUCGGCUAUGUGGUGACGGUCACAGACCCGCACCUGAGCAUCGUCACGUGCAUGGUCACGGUCACGCACGGCGACUUGCCCGAGAUGACGGCCACGCCCGACGUCGUGCUGGCGGAGAUGAUGAUGGACGGGAGCCUGGUCUACAUCGACACCCUGGCCAUGAACAGCGACGGAAAGUUGCCCAAGAGCAUGAACGCGUCCGUGUGCCAGGUCACGGGCGAGAGGCCGCCUUUCAUCUACCGCAAGUCUUGGGACAGGUUGCCGUCCAAGGUCGAGCUCGACCUCGAGCCUAUGCCCAACGACGGGGUCGUGCUCACGAACAAGUUCAGGACCAUGCGCCUGAAGCAGCCCACGAUCGACCUCCUGUACAUGGACGGGAAGCUGAACGGCAUCGACAACGGCAUCAUCACCGAGGUCACGGACGGGAGCCCAGAGAUGGAGGAGGACACGGUCUACGAGAUGGACCUGGUCAAGGACAAGGAGACAGGCGAGAUCAAGGUCGUCAAGCCGAGGCAGAGGCCGCUCAAGAAGUUGCCCAACUCCAUGGACGUGAUCAAGAGAGCCAUCGCAAGUGCGAACGCGGACGUGAACACCAACAUGGUCUUGUUCGACAUCACGUCUAUGUCCUUCUCCAUGAGGGAGCGCGUGUACCAGAUGGCGCAGGCGAAGGCCCCCUCGACCAAGAAGCUGAUCGUGACCUUCGGCGUGGGCAGGUUCCAGGAGUGGAAGCAGAUGCUGUCCAACGGCUUCUCCUACAUCGCCAUCGACCCUGAGCUCAACUACUCGGACUUGGAGAAGAGAGCGAAGAGGGUCAGGAUCCUGCCCUACGACUUCAGCACGAACUUCAACACGCAGGUGCUCUCCAUCUCGAGCGGGGCGCAGACCGUGUUGUGGGCCAAGUGCACCUCCGAGUACUUCAUCAGGAAGGCGAUGCCCACCAUGAUCAUGGCCAGGCAGGGGAUCCCGGCUGUGUUCUCGUUCAGCAUCUCGUACCACGUGCAGGUCAUCUCCAUGCUCAGGACUGAGGGCGUGGCCACAUUCGGGUGCGGGUUCGUGCACGACUCCAUGUCCGGGACCGUGGGCAGAGAGCCGGUCACGAUGACGGUCAAGAACGCGAGCAGGGGCACGAGCAAGGAGGUGGUGUCGACCUUCGGCAAGUCCACGUACGUCGAGCCGUUCGUGAAGAUGUCCACGGUCAAGGGCUUGGUUUUGGUCAAGGACUCGAUGCCGGACUUGUGGGAGAGGGUGGACUCGAACACGGCCGAGAUCAUGGACAGGGCCGUGAUCAUGUACUCGUGA